UCAGUGUUAGACGCCAUAUUGGCAUACUGAGACGACGAUUGGGGAGGCCGCGCGCAAGACGGCGCCUCGUCUGGCGAAAGGGCUCAGCCGUCGAGCCGUCAACAGGAUAGAGAAUACUGACGGAUUGUGCUUCAACUAUUUGAGAAACUAUUUAUCUAUUUAAUCGAGACAAAAAUCCGUCUCUCUCUUAGUUAAGAUGAAGUAAAUAAGAAAAAUUCCAAAAUCAUUCAGUAUAAUUUUAAGAUAUCAAUGAAGAUAAAAAAUGACAUUUGGAGAUUUUACUGCUGCUGUUAUAAUUAGAGUGUUUGAAUGAAUUUUCAUCAGUGGUUGAUGAUCAUAAAUAAGAUGUAUUGACAAAUGACAGAUGUGAUAAUGUUGAUGUGAAGAUUAUAACCAAAAAGGUGACCUCGAUGCAAAAUAAAGUGAGUGACAAAAAAGUUUUUGUGUAUGAUUUUGAUUAGUGAUAAUUCCCUUGGGUUACAUUGAUUUAAAGUGAGAGAAAUGUUACGGCAGUUGUCAAAGGGUGUUCUAUAAUAAGUACAGUAAAAUAAAUAAAGUGUCAGAAAAGUAAGACAAAGUGUGUAUAUGUAAUAGUGGGAUUGAUGCUGAAAUAGAAGAAACAGAAAACAAGAGUACAAGGAGGUUGGAUAGAAGUAACAUACGAGGUGGCCUAGCGAGGUCGACCGCCCGCCAAUCAAUACACCACGAACCGACACUCAGUCGGCUCACAAGCUUAGGUACAUUCACGCAAGCUCAUCGCUAUACAACACCGUCGGCAGAACAGCAGUGACAAGAAAACGUAUCGAAAACAAUUUCCAAUACCAUCAACGACGAAGACAACCAGCGCCAGUAUAUACAUAAGUUUUACAUCUCGAGGCUAAACUAUUUUUAUACACAGCUUACCAACUAUAGCAUCGAUGUUAGCAUUUCAUCAUCAUCAUCAACAUCAUCAACAUACUGGAUUUUUUUGUAUUUAUUGGAUAAUAAAGUUAUGUGCUCAAAACAUCUAACUUGGUCCAUCAUCAAACAUCAUCAACAUAUUGAAGCUUAAUUGUAAUGAUUUAUUUCAAGAGCAAAAUGUGCUUUAUUGAUGACAUAUUGAUCAUGUAAUGCUUGAGAUCCUUAAAUACACGUAGGUAGAGUGGGGUAAUACACAAUAACGUGCAGCAAGUGAACAGAAAAGGGGGUGCAGGAAGCAUGCGGGGCUUGGGCGAGUCCCAGCGAGGUGGUCCCGGUGGACCAGGAUAAAAAUCGCGAUCGCUCACCCCCUCCCCACCUGCACCUGCACCUAUUCCUUCACACCUACACCCUUGAAACGCCUACGAAACAACACAUCCUCUAAUCUCGUUGACUAAACUUCUAAUUCGGCGAGUUGGAGCUCGCUACUGAGCGAAUGGAAAAUGAUAGAGAUGUCGACCGCUACUGCAAUGGGUAUUGGCGUUAGUCACGGCACCGCUGCUGGUGAAACUGGUGUCACUAGUGGAUGUCGGUUACGUGCACAGAGUCAAGGACAGUCUACACAAGCUGCUAAUCCGCAGCAACAGACUUCACAACAAUCACAACCUGCUGAACCACGAUUACAGGAACAACUUAGUUUACAAGAGUGCCAGUCAAAUAAAGAUCAGCAAGCACAAAGAACUACUCCUCAUUCUGGACGAUCGAAGAAGGACAAUUGUUGCUUAUGCUGGUGUUGCUGCUGCAGUUGCUCGAAUAAAUGUCUGGCAGCAGUUGGAAGUGGAAAUGGUGGUGGAUCAGGACCAGGAAGUGAAUCAAAAAAGAAACGAGGAUUGGGGAUAGGAGGAGAGCCUGGAUCUGGGUUAGGCCAUCAAAGUGAUCAUACAGGAUCGGGUGCUGGUAAUGGAUUGGAUAGUCUAGAUGGAUUAGAUGGAACACUGGAAUGCUGUGGCCUAGAAGAAGUUCGAUCGUGGGGUUCUUCUUUUGAUAAACUGAUGCGAAGUCCAGCUGGAAGAAAAGUCUUUCGAGAAUUCCUUAUUAGUGAGUACAGUGAGGAGAAUAUAGCUUUUUGGUUGGCUUGUGAACAACUCAAACGUGAAAACAAUCCAGAAAAAAUUGAAGAAAAAGCUCGAUAUAUUUAUGAGGAUUACAUAUCGAUAUUGUCACCAAAAGAAGUGAGUUUAGACUCGAGGGUGCGCGAGAUCGUUAAUAGGAAUAUGGUGGAACCAACACCCCAUACAUUCGAUGAAGCACAACUACAGAUUUAUACAUUGAUGCACCGUGAUUCGUAUCCACGUUUUGUUAACAGUGAAAUAUUCCGAAGAGUUGCUAGACUUGGAAGUGGACCACCUAGUCCUGCUGAUGAUAAUGCACCUGUUGGUAAAUCCAAGUCUAAGAAGUCGAUUACGUAGUUGACUAGUGUAAUUAUAAAAUAGUGAUCAAUUUAAAUAGUAAAAUAACUUUUAAAUUAUAUACAAGUACACUUUUUAUAUUAUUUUGUUCUUCUUAUUUU